AUGGGCGAGAAAGACUUUGCCAAUGGCAACAAGAUUGCCCAGGUCGAGCAAGUCGUGGCAGCUGCCUUGAGGCCACUGCCUACCCAGACCGGUGAUGGCAGCUACAUCCAAGCGCCAACCGUGACAGGUCUCGCCAAGGACCUGCUCCAUCUUGACCUGAAAGAUGCCAAAACCCUGGCAGAGGUCGCCAAAACAGCCGUCACUGGCGAGGCUGUCAAUGACAGAGACUACAUCAUGGAGCGUGUGAUCCAACUUGCUGCUGGCUUGCCCGCUACAUCUCGGAACGGCAAGGAGCUGACCAACACCUUCUUGAACCAGCUGUGGGGGGAUUUGGAACACCCGCCUAUUUCCUACCUUGGGCGUGAUUCUGCAUACCGCAAAGCUGAUGGAUCUGGAAACAAUCCUUUCUGGCCCCAAAUUGGAUCUGCUGGUACCCACUAUGCCCGGUCUGUUCGACCAAAGACCAUGCAGCCAGCUGCUCUUCCAGAGGCAGAGGCCCUGUUUGAUAGUCUCUUGGCCCGCAAGGAGUUCAAAGAGCACCCGAACAAGAUUUCCAGCGUGCUGUUCUACCUUGCUUCUAUCAUUAUCCACGACCUGUUCCAGACCGAUCCCAGGGACCAGACAAAAUCACUGUGUUCUUCAUAUCUUGACCUGGCUCCCCUUUAUGGAAAUAACCAGACGGAGCAGGAUGCAGUCAGAACCUUCAAGGAUGGAAAGCUGAAGCCAGAUUCCUUUUCUACAAAGCGGAUUCUCGGAUUUCCACCUGGCGUCGGUGUCCUUCUCAUUAUGUUCAACCGAUUUCACAACUCUGUUGCCACACAGUUGGCGGCCAUCAACGAAGGUGGUCGGUUCACAAAGCCCGAUGUGUCCAACACUCAGGCCCUUGCUACGUGGGAGAACGACCUCUUCCAAACAGCACGCUUGGUCACUUGUGGACUUUAUGUUAACAUCAUUUUGAAGGAUUACGUCCGAACCAUUCUUAAUGUUAAUCGGACCGACAGUGUGUGGAGUCUGGACCCUCGCGCAGAUAUCAAAGAUAGCUUGCUUGGCGAUGCUGCUGCCCAGGCUACUGGAAAUCAAACAUCGGCCGAGUUCAACUUGGUUUAUCGCUGGCACUCAUGUAUCUCGGCUAGGGACCAGAAGUGGUCAGAAGAUCUCUACAAAGAGUUGUUCCAAGGCCAGGACCCAAGCACAAUCUCCAUGCAGGAAUUCACUGGAGGUCUCAGACAAUGGGAGACAAAGCUUCCAGCCGAUCCCCAGGAACGCCCGUUCGCUGGACUGAAACGCCAAACAAGUGGGUUGUUCGACGACAAUGACCUGGUCAAAAUCUUCCAGGAGAGUGUCGAAGAUCCCGCUGGAGCGUUUGGUUCUCUUAAUGUUCCCGAGGUUUUCAGAAGCAUUGAGGUCCUCGGCAUCAAGCAAGCCCGUUCUUGGAAUCUGGCUACCCUGAAUGAGUUCCGCCAAUACUUCAAUUUGGCUCCAUAUCAAACCUUUGAAGAGAUCAACUCCGAUCCGUACAUUGCUGAUCAGCUUAGACACUUCUACGACCACCCUGAUCUCGUCGAGCUGUACCCAGGGCUGAUUGUGGAAGAAACCAAGCAGCCCAUGGCUCCGGGCAGCGGUCUAUGCACCAACUUCACCACCUCUAGGGCUAUUCUUUCGGACGCAGUUGCUCUCGUCCGGGGCGAUCGCUUCUAUACUGUUGACUUCACCCCGAAGCAUCUCACAAACUGGGCCUUCAACGAGAUCAACCAUGAUAACUCCAUUGAUGGUGGUCAAGUCUUCUACAAGCUGGCCCUGAAGGCGUUCCCCAACCACAUCCGAGGCGACUCGGUUUAUGCCCACUUCCCCAUGGUAGUGCCUGAUGAGAACUACAAGAUCCUGAGCAGCCUUGGCACGGUCAAGUCUUACAGCUUCGACCGGCCUUUCUACAGGGCUCCGGCCCUCUUCAUCAACUCUCACUCUGCUUGUGAAACCAUCAUCAAAGACCAAGAGAAUUUCAAGGUUGUAUGGGGCGAGAAGAUUCAGUUCCUCAUGGAGAAUAGCGGCCAACCCUAUGGUCGAGCCUUUGCCUUGUCGGGUGAUCUUCCUCCCAAUGCAGGCUCGCGGAAGAUGCUCACCGCUGCACUGUACCGGGAUAAGUGGGAAUCUGAAGUACGAUCCUUCUAUGAGGAUAUUACUCUAAAACUUCUGGAGCGCAACUCAUACAAGGUCGCUGGCGUCAACCAAGUUGAUAUCGUCCGCGAUGUUGCCACUCUCGCUCAAGUCAACUUCUGUUCCAGCGUUUUCUCCUUGUCCCUGAAGACAGAAUCAAACCCACGAGGUGUGUUCAGCGAGCAGGAACUGUACCAGAUCAUGGCUGUAAUCUUUGCCUCCAUCUUCUAUGAUGUCGACGUCUCUAAGUCUUUCCAGCUUUGCCAGACUGCCCGCAAGGUUGCGCAACAGUUAGGUGAACUGACGUUGGCUAAUGUCGAGCUUGUCUCCAAGAGUGGCUUUAUCUCUGCCGUGGUCAGCCGCCUCCACCGCCACGAUAUCCUGAGUGAAUAUGGUGUUCAUAUGAUCCAGCGCCUGCUUGACAGUGGUCUGCCGGUUAAGGAUAUUGUGUGGUCACACAUUCUCCCCACCGCUGGUGCAAUCGUUGCCAACCAAGGCCAGCUCUUCUCCCAGUGUCUUGACUACUAUCUCUCUGAUGAAGCGGCCGAACACCUUCUUGAGAUCCAGCGCUUGUCCCGAGAGGACACCCCCGAGGCUGAUGAGAUCCUCGUGCGAUACUUCAUGGAAGGUGCUAGACUGCGUUGCUCUGUUGCAUUGCCUCGCAUCGUGUCAAAGCCAACCACCGUUGAAGACAACGGCCAGUUCGUCAACCUGAAGGCCGGCCAGGAGGUCAUCUGUAACUUGGUUGUCGCAGGCCGUGACCCUGUCGCCUUCCCCGACCCUGACAAGGUCCGUCUUGAUCGUGACAUGAGCCUGUACACCCACUUUGGCUUUGGUCCCCACCAAUGCAUCGGAGUUAGGAUGUGCCCGAUUGCGAUGUCUACCAUGCUGAAGGUUCUGGGUAAGUUGGACAACCUCCGUCGGGCUCCUGGCCAACAAGGUCACCUGAAGAGGCUCGACGGUCUUGGUGGAAUCGCCAUGUACAUGGAUGCUCAGCACAGUAGCUUUUCUCCAUUCCCCAUGACCAUGAAGGUUCAGUGGGACGGAAAUCUGCCUACCAGAAGUGAGUAA